UCGACCAUGCAUUUCGGGAACUUUUUGUAUUCAUGUGUAGUGCUAUCGGAGUACUAUAUAUGUAUGUCUUAUAUUUUUUUGACGGUAUACGCGCCUCUCGACUCCCAGAUCUUGCGCCUUGGAAUAAGCACUUGGGUUGUCACGGUUCCUGUAGCAACGUACACUUUCGCCUGAAACACUUCGACCCGUCUACAUCUCAGAUUUACACAAGGUGUUCGUUCUUGCAAACAAAUGAAUAUAUAUGUAAGUUCUUCCAGAACCAAAUUUUCUUCAUUCCUUGCAACAGGACUAGUUUUGAAAGGUGUCUCAAGGCGUUCAGCAGAACGAGCAGAACCUGAGCAGAACUACAUAGAAAAAGGAGAAUUUACAUAACUUACUUUAUUCGCCGUUUCAUCGAUAUUCGACCCUUGUCACCAAAUGCUAACUUGCCGCGACGCGUUAGGUGAAUGUCGGAGUCCGACCGCUGCCAGCUGCCCCGUAAAGAUAAAGGAUUUUACAUAGAACUUGAAUAGCCCGGUGGUCCAUUUCAAUAUUCCGUUCACAGUCCCAAGAUCAGAGUCAUUGGCAACGGUCGCCGGAAGAGAGAGGAGAGGUGAACUGAACGACAGCUCGUGCAAGGGCUGCUUGAUCAGGUAUGGAGUAUACCGCGCCGGGAUUCAACGGCAAGUUCUACAUACAUACAUUUGUAAGGCUUGCCGCGGUUUUGGCAUGGCAUGAAGUCGAGGAACAACGAGGAACGGACGUCGGCGUUGUAUAUGUAUGUGUGCACGUGGCUUAAGCGCUCAUAA